AUGAGUUCUUACAUCCCCUUGGACGCCAAGGGAUUCGUCACGCGCAAAGCCUUGAUGGAAGUAAAAGCGAGCGACAGCAGCAGUAGCUCUACACAAUCUCCAGGGUCUAUCAAUGAAGAUGCUACUGCAGAGAAGGCCGAGACUGAGGAUCCAGAUUCCGAGGAGGAAGCUGUAUCCAGACAAACGAACUCAGCGGUAGCUCCAAAAGGCGACCUCACCCUCGUCGUCGGCCCAUCUGGAAAUAAAAUUCGCGUAUACGCGCUCAUCCUCUCCAACGCCUCCCCCAUCUUCGCCUCCAUGAUCUCAAAGGCAAGCAAUGCCGAAGACACCACCCUUUCACAUCAAGCACGAAUUUCACUCCCAGACGACGAUCCCAUGGCCAUGGAGAUCAUAUGCCAUGUCAUCCACGGCAACAGCCUAGACGCGGACGUAAUAGACAUCCCGCCCGGCGUGGUCCUAGCCGUCGCCGCACUAUCGGCAAAGUACGACUGCGCUCCCGCUCUGACGAGGAAAAUCGAACACUGGCUCUCGCCGGAGACCAUGGAAACAAUCGCGCAAUCCGGGCUCGUACACCCGGAGAAGAAGGAUCUCCUCCUGGCGGCGUACUGGUUCAGGCACGAAAGGGCCUUUGAGAUGGCGUCGUUGCGUUUCAUUACCGAGAUCGCGUGGAGCUUCUGCUUUCUGGCGGAUGGUACAUCGGGAGAGGAGGAACUCGUUGCGCUGAGGAUCGCUCUUGCCUUGGAAGAGAAACGAAACGAGCUCCGUCUGUACCUCUACACCCACAUGAUGGAGCAGAUACACGCCAUAAACUACUGUGAAUGCAGCAUCCCUAAAAGUCACUGGUGGAAGCGCCCCUUCCACGGUAAACAAGACACCAAGCCGGCCACGACCGCCGUCAUCUCCUCCGUGCUCCGCAACAUUGACAGAGACAUCCUAUCGAGGGGCACGCCAUACAUGUCCAUCAACGAGAUGAUGAGGCUCGCCGACGACGGGACGCCAAACACAUUGGUAUGGAACCGCGUCGGGCGACGUAACGCGGAUUUGGCGCGCCAUAAGACGUUGAUGCGGUGCUCUGUUCGCCAUCUCAAGAGGAGCGGGAUGAUGAGGGGAAUCUGCUUGCGGUGUUUUCAUCCGCGGAUGGAGUGCGAGGAUCAUUUGGCGCAUGGGAAGGAGAAGGAGCGAGAGUUUAGGGAGUGGCUUCCGGGCGAGGUUGGGUGGCGGCUUAAUACAUCUCGCACAAUAUUCGGGUGA